AUGGCAACCUCAUACGACUUUGCAGGUCAGGUGAUUUUAAUAACGGGCGCCGCAAAUGGGAUUGGAUUGGCAACAGCAAAGGCAUUAUUAUCCAGCAAUGCCAAGCUAGCGCUUUGCGAUAUUAACACCAAACCCCUGCAAUCUCUCGAUGUCAAUGAAGAUAGAUGCCGAAUAUACGAGCUCGACGUGACAUCUUCUUCCCGAAUAACAGAAACAAUCUCUUCCGUUGUCCAAGACUUCGGUCGCAUCAGCCAUCUCUUCAACUGCGCCGGAGUAAACCCCAAAGAGUACCAGCUGACCGACACCACGGAUGAUUAUUGGAGCAAGAUUAUGGACACGAAUGUCAAGGGCACCUACUUAAUGACCCGGGCCGUCAUACCCCAUAUUCAAGCCAGAUCAUCAAUCGUCAACGUCUCAUCGAUCGCGGGCUCCCGUGCUAUGGCGCGCUGGGCAAUAUACAAUACUUCCAAAUUCGGGAUCGUUGGUUUUUCCAAGUCUAUGGCUCUGGAGCUUGGUCCCAAGCAGAUUCGCGUGAAUGUGGUGGCUCCGGGGUUUAUUCAUACGUCAACGAAUAUUGCGGUGACGACGAGUGAGGACGCUAUUAAGGAUAUUAGCGAGAGGAUGUGCGCGAUGGGAAGAUUCGGCACGGCGGAAGAGGUGGCUGACGUGGUUCUGUUUCUCAUGAGUGAUGCUGCGAGAUACGUGAAUGGGAGCGUGGUGGAUGUUGAUGGUGGAGCGAAGUAG